AUGUUUCGGACUGCCAAUGCUGGUUCUACUGUUUUCUUUGCUCAAACAAAGUUUUUCGACAUUGCUACGGGUGCCUUCAAGAAAUGGCUCAAACAUCAUGGGCUUCCAGAGUUCCUCAAGGAUGAGUUUCCAAAGUUCCUCAAUCAGCAAUGGCCUCAGCAUUUGAAAUCCCUGGAUGAAUAUCCUCGCUUUACUUUUGCGGACGUUCAACGGCUCAAGAAGUUUCUGGGAGAAGAUUGGGUUAUUCAUCAUGAAGAUCAUCACCCUCAAAAGGUGAUGAUAUUCUGUCCACGGCUGUAUUUUCAGGGCGCGUGCCGAACGUGGAGUGAUGCUCAGUUGUUUCAACCUUUAUCUGGAAGUGCAGAGUACUGGAAGUAUCAAGUGCAGCGACUUGCCCCAGCACAUAUACUGAAGGCAUAUCCAUGGGGAUUUCAAAAAGCAUCUUGUCUUCCUUCUGGAUUUGUAUUCCUUAAAGCAAAAAAGGAGUACCUCAUGGGUCGGACGUUGAUUUCCCAUUUCAAAGCCUAUCACUCCAAGCUGCUCAAGGCAUGUGCCAAUGCACUGCUUAUGAUGCUUCGCCACUGUUGGCCGCAGCAUUCCGGCCAACAGAGCAUUCCACAAACAUGGAAGCACAUUCACGAGUUUUUCGGUUCGAUUGAUUCCGUUGAUGACUACCAGCCAGUUGUCUGCAACGACGAUCUCGUAGGAUUCUUCAACUCGAUUCCUCAAGACCGGUUGUUAUCUGCAACACAAGCACUUGUCCAGGACUGGAUACAUCAAAAAGGUGAUGGUCCGAUCACUGUCAACAUGGAUGUUGGUCUGUCACUUGCAGAGCGCACUUUCCGGGGAAAGUUCUAUCAUCGGCCGAAAAAUUCGGUAGUCUUGUACCCUAUUCACUUGAUUGACAUCAUUGAGUUCAGUUUCCGUUCCUGUAUCUUCAGUGCGCUGGGUGCAGUAUGGAAGCAAAUCCGGGGCACAGGGAUUGGAAAUCAGGUGAGUCCCGUGAUCAGCGAAAUCGCUAUUGCUCAUAUUGAGCUUACCUGGUCACGAAUCUACAACACCUGGCUUCAUCAACCCGUUUAUCCCACACUCCGUGUCAGGCAGUUUGCGUUUGAGAAUGUCGGGCUUGAAAUCUCGCGCUGCGUUGAUCACUCGCUAUGCGUGGCCACCAGAAGCUAG